AAACCUCAGCUGGCAGACAUUUAAAUGAGAGACAGCUCGGCGCUGCAGCAAUUUGUAGCCUGGAUCUGAAGGAUUUCCUCCAUCCUCUCGAAUGGACAGCUCAUAUAGGACACUAUUCCUGUGAGGCAGGACCAGCCAGGCACUUCACACAGGAUGAAUCGUUUGGUUUAUGCAGUGGGACCAAUGUUCCUUCUCUUUGGGCUCUUAAUACCUAAUAUUGAAGGGAAUAAAAAGGUUCGUGGAUCCCAAGGAGCCAUUCCUCCACCAGACAAAGGGCAGGCAAAUGACUCUGAACAGAGUCAGACACAUCCAGGUAGUCGAAAUGGAGGCAAAGGAAAAGGACAAACUCUAUUGGCUGAAGAGGUGCUAGAAUCCAGUCAGGAAGCUCUGCAUGUUACUGAGAGAAAGUAUCUGAAGAGGGACUGGUGCAAGACACAGCCACUCAAGCAAACUAUUCAUGAGGAGGGAUGUAACAAACGUACUAUCCUCAACCGAUUCUGCUAUGGGCAAUGUAAUUCUUUUUACAUCCCGAGGCACAUUCGCCGGGAGGAGGGAUCCUUUCAAUCCUGCUCUUUCUGUAAGCCUAAAAAAUUCACCAAUAUGGUGGUCACACUCAACUGCCCGGAAUUACAACCGCCCAUAAAGAAAAAAAGAAUUACACGUGUCAAGCAGUGUCGCUGUAUCUCCAUAGAUCUGGACUAGAUAUGACCUGGUUUCUCCAACACUUGGGACAACACUGACUGUAAAAAUGCUGUGGCCUGUAUUUGUGGAGAAUGUGUCGUUUUUAUCAAACUAUGGACAUCUGUUUAAACAGCUGGUCUCAGUGCUACUUAAACCUGUUACUCUGCUAUGGGAAAUAUCCUCCUUGCUACAGACUGAGAACUAAAUACCCUUGUAAUGCACAAAGUGCACCCUUAUUUGGAGUAUACAAGCCCCUUAGUGCAAAUUGCCAUGUAUACAUUGUGUAUAUAUUAUUUAUUCACACUUACAUGUUUGUGACGCACCUAAGAGGGCCAAAGGGACUGAACUGGUUUAAUCUGUCAAAGAUAGUUUCUGAAUGAAGUACUGUAUGGAUAAACCAGUGACAUUUUUUCAAAUAAAACCAUAUAUUGAGGCAUAAUUACAUUACA